AUGGCUCGCAUCCAGAUCCCCAUCGACGCCCUGACGAACCGUCUCGGCCUGCAGGAGCGCUUCAACAGCAUGCGUUCCGGCGGUUUGAGCGGCCGCUUCGCCAACCUGCGUCCUGUCGGCGAGUUCUUCGACAUGAAGCGCCUCUCCAAGCCCGCCAACUUUGGCGAGGUCCAGUCGCGAUGGAACUACAACCUCUCCUACUUCUCCAGCAACUACAGCGUCGUCUUCUUGAUGCUCAGCAUCUACGCUCUGCUAACCAACUGGCUGUUGCUUUUCGACAUCAUCUUUGUCAUUGCGGGCAUGUUCCUCAUUGGCAAGCUCGACGGUCGUGAUCUCGAGAUCGGCUCUUUUAAGGCCACCACAUCCCAACUGUGGACCGGUCUUCUCGUCAUCUCUGUGCCCUUGGGCCUGUACGCCUCGCCUUUCGCGACGCUGCUCUGGCUCGUUGGUGCUUCUGGCGUGUGGGGAAGACCAUCAAGGCGCGGGCGGAGGAAACAGGGAGCUGCGCAACAGGGGUCCUGGGAGGACGGGACGAGAGUUGUCGAGGAGCUAGAGGAGACGGAAUUGGACAAUUCAGAUACACAAGGCGUUGGUUUGGUUUCGCGAGGAAAGCGGUUCGCAAGCGACCCGCUCCGCUUUACGGGUACAGACGUGGGUGACCGGACGACGGCAUUGCGUAGAGGAUACGAUUACCAGCAUUCGGACGAUGACGAGGACGACAGCGAAGACGACAGCGAGGACUCGGAAGAGUCCUCUUCGGAAGACGACGAAGAAGAGGAAGAAGAGAUUGAUUGGGAUCAGCUUUCUCCGAGAGAGCGGGAUGAGGCGCUCGCGCACAGAGCUCUGGCCCGUAUCCGACGUGCACAAGAACGGGGCAAGCUCGAGGUCAACCUUAGCAAAGAAGAGAUGGCCGCCCUAGAACGACGGAGGAAGCGCAUUGAAAAGGAAGCACGCAAGCAGGAGCGUAAGCAGCGGCGCGAAAAGGAGCAGCGGUUCGCCAUUCCGCUGUCGCAAUUCCAGCCAACCUCCUCUCGCAGAAGGUCGCCUACGUUGGCUCUGGAGGACGAUCUGCCCCGCCAUCCGUCGCCUGGAACAUUCGCCAAUGUCCAAGACGGUGGUGCGAUGCCGCCCAUGGGAUACUUUCCGCCGCCCAACGCUUCGCGCACCCGCCCUAGAUCGGCAACUUCCGCUUCGCAGAGACCGACGUCUCGAAUCAUGGGCGAGAGGGGCUCGUCGCCCUUCAACUAUGCCUACGUCCAGGGGCCUCCAGGCCAGCGUUUGCCAUCGGAUAACAUGUCGCCUGCUUCUUCGACCUCGUCUCUGCCAAAAUCUCGAAACGGCGUUGACCCAUUCCAGUUCCAGACUGAAGGUCCCGCCAGUGCCGCUCGACGCAACGUAUCGGGCUCCACCGACGGGCGCCGAACAUCCGUUGCGCCUCCGACGGGUCGAGGCGGCCGGGCUCCGCGCGGGCCGCCACCCGAGGAGAGUAGCAGCGAAGAAAGCAGUGAGGCGAGCAGCGAGGAAAGCACCAGCGACGGCAUCGGAAACGGUGCUCAGAUCGUCGAGCCGCCGCAGCGUCCGCCGUCAUCCGGUCCGACUACGCGGAGAGGUCGCAAGGAAGCCGUUGUCGUGGAGGAGGCUGCCGCCCGUGAACCGGCACGUGAGGUUUCGCGGGGUAAGAAGUCUGCCAACCCGUCGCCGUCCAAGAGGAAGCCUACCGGUGGUCGGCGCAAGAAGAAGUAG